AUGGCGGAAAAUGUAUCAAACUCAGAGCAAAAUGAAACAAAUACUAAAAGACCACAAUUUGGUAGCAGAAUUCUUUCGAGCGGUGAUAAUGUAUUUCAACAUAACGCUUGGGACAAUGUUAUAUGGGAUGAGGAGCAACAGAACUUAGCACAACAAAAAGUAAAUGAAAAUUCAACUAUAAUUUUAUCAGAAGAAAAAAUUGAAGAAUAUGAAUGUAAGGCUGAUAAAUAUUGGGACAAGUUUUAUGGAAUACACGAAAAUAAAUUUUUCAAAGAUAGACAUUGGUUAUUUACAGAAUUCCCAGAGCUAGCUGUAGUUAUUAUAAAUCAAAAUAUUAAACAGCCUUUGAGGUCUAUGACUGAAAGCACAAAUGAAAAUGUUCAAGAAACACAUAUAAAAAUCCUUGAUUUACCCAGUAAUAAUGGAAAUAAAAUUCUAGAAAUUGGUUGUGGUGUAGGAAACACAGUAUUUCCAAUACUUUUGUAUAAUACAGAUCCAAACUUAUUUGUAUAUUGUUGUGAUUUUUCUACAAAAGCAAUAGAUAUCUUGAAACAAAAUCCUAGUUAUGAUAUAUCCAGGUGUGAAGCAUUUGUUCUUGAUGUAACUCAAAAUGAUUGGGAAACACCUUUUGAACCAGAAAGUUUGGAUAUUAUAGUGUUGGUAUUUGUUCUUUCAGCUAUACAUCCUGAAAAGAUAAAGCAUGUUAUUCGACAAAUUUACAAAUAUUUAAAAUUUGGUGGAUUAGUUUUAUUUCGAGAUUAUGGUAGAUAUGACUUAGCUCAAUUAAGAUUUAAGAAAGGUAGUUGCCUUGCAAAAAAUUUUUAUGUUCGAGGAGAUGGAACAAGAGUAUAUUUUUUUACACAAGAAGAAGUUAGAACAUUAUUUACAAGUUGUGGUUUUACAGAAAAACAAAAUCUUGUAGAUAGAAGAUUACAAAUUAAUAGGGGGAAGCAACUUAAAAUGUACAGAGUAUGGAUACAAGGAAAAUAUAGAAAAUAA